AAAAGUCAACAUAUGCAUGAAAUAAUUGAAUUUCUAUCAUGCCAAUUUUGUAAUUCCAAGUUAACAAUAAUCGCAAAAUGAUGAAUUUUCAUUGAAUGUAAAACUGUAUAAUUUCAGGAUUGUCCCAAUGGUAGAAGGAUGAUGAACCGCCACUUGAGGGAAUUAUCUAUGUCAUUUGGGAAUCAAAUUUGUCCUGAAAAAUCUCCAGACCUCAGAAGAACCAAAACAGAUACCGAAAGCAACUUUUCAACAGUCCUACAGCUAAUUAAGAGUGAAGGAGAAAGGCAAAAAGAAGACAACUCGAGGAAAGAGACGGAACUUGAGGGACUAGUUGAGGACAUCAUCUACAAUCAGUAUCAGUCACUGGACGAAUCGUAUGGUCGUCUUACCAGAGUAUAUAUGAAAGGAGCUCAUCAUAGAAUAAAGAGGGCUUCUUCCCUCUCUUGCAGUAGCUUAGACUCCGAGUACUUUUCCUCAGUAGUCAACACUGUUGAAGCUCUCGAGACUCAAAAAUCAACAGAAACAAAUGAAUUAGAAGCAAAUGAAGUUACACAGAUACGCGCAAAGAAUGCUGAGCUUGAAAAAGCACUGUCAGAGUUACAUGCGAAACUCAAGAACAAUGAGAAACGUGCAAUGCCCAAAACUUCAGAUUUGAUGGCAUUAAUUGAAGAAAAAGUAAAACGCUAUAGAAAUGAAGCAUCGAAGCAAAAGAAGGAAUUUACUGAUAAAAUUAAAGUCAUGCAGCAAAACCUUGAGUCUGUAUGCAACAAGAAUACCAAUUUAGAAUCUCAACAAGAAAAUCAGAGGGAAAAUGUUUCACAAUAUUUGAUUCAGAUAAAAAACUUGGAGGAGAAUCUGGCUGAAACUGUUUCAACUAAACAAAAUCUGCUAGAAGAGAAACAACGUUUCAUUGAAAGGAUAACUGAAUUGGAAUCUCAAUGCAGCAAAGAAAAGGAUUUGGAAGAACAGUCAAGAGACCUCGAGUCUGUAUGCAACAAGAAUACUGCUUUAGAAUCUCAACAAGAAGAUCAGAGGGAAAAUGUUUCACAAUAUCUGAUUCGGAUAAAAAACUUGGAGGAGAAUUUGGCUGAAACUGUUUCAACUAAACAAAAUCUGCUAGAAGAGAAACUACGUUUCAUUGAAAGGAUAACGGAAUUGGAAUCUCAAUGCAGCAAAGCAAAGGAUUUGGAAGAACAGUUAAGAGACCUUGAGUCUGUAUGCAACAAGAAUACCGAUUUAGAAUCUCAACUAGAAAAUCAGAGGGAAAAAGUUUCACAAUAUUUGAUUCGGAUAAAAAACUUGGAAGAGAAUUUGGCUGAAACUGUUUCAACUAAACAAAAUCUGCUAGAAGAGAAACAAUGUUUCAUUGAAAGGAUAACGGAAUUGGAAUUUCAAUGCAGCAAAGCAAAGGAUUUGGAAGAACAGUUAAGAGACCUUGAGUCUGUAUGUAACAAGAAUACCGAUUUAGAAUCUCAACUAGAAAAUCAGAGGGAAAAAGUUUCACAAUAUUUGAUUCGGAUAAAAAACUUGGAAGAGAAUUUGGCUGAAACUGUUUCAACUAAACAAAAUCUGCUAGAAGAGAAACAAUGUUUCACUGAAAGGAUAACGGAAUUGGAAUCUCAAUGCAGCAAAGAAAAGGAUUUGGAAGAACAGUUAAGAGACCUUGAGUCUGUAUGUAACAAGAAUACCGAUUUAGAAUCUCAACUAGAAAAUCAGAGGGAGAAAGUUUCACAAUAUUUGAUUCGGAUAAAAAACUUGGAAGAGAAUUUGGCUGAAACUGUUCCAACUAAACAAAAUCUGCUAGAAGAGAAACAAUGUUUCAUUGAAAGGAUAACGGAAUUGGAAUCUCAAUGCAGCAAAGAAAAGGAUUUGGAAGAACAGUUAAGAGACCUUGAGUCUGUAUGUAACAAGAAUACCGAUUUAGAAUCUCAACUAGAAAAUCAGAGGGAAAAAGUUUCACAAUAUUUGAUUGAGAUAAAAAACAUGGAGGAGAGUUUGGCUGAAACUGUUUCAACUAAACAAAAUCUGCUAGAAGAGAAACUACGUUUCAUUGAAAGGAUAACGGAAUUGGAAUCUCAAUGCAGCAAAGAAAAGGAUUUGGAAAAACAGUUAAGAGACCUUGAGUCUGUAUGCAACAAGAAUACAGAUUUAGAAUCUCAACUAGAAAAUCAGAGGGAAAAAGUUUCACAAUAUUUGAUUCGGAUAAAAAACUUGGAGGAGAAUUUGGCUGAAACUGUUUCGACUAAACAAAAUCUGCUAGAAGAGAAACUCCGUUUCAUUGAAAGGAUAACGGAAUUGGAAUCACAAUGCAGCAAAGAAAAGGAUUUGGAAGAACAGUUAAGAGACCUUGAAUCUGUAUGCAACAAGAAUACCGAUUUAGAAUCUCAACUAGAAAAUCAGAGGGAAAAUGUUUCACAAUAUUUGAUUCUGAUAAAAAACUUGGAGGAGAAUUUGGCUGAAACUGUUUCAACUAAACAAAAUCUGCUAGAAGAGAAACAGUGUUUCAUUGACAGGAUAACAGAAUUAGAAUCACAAUGCAGCAAAGUAAAGGAUUUGGAAGAACAGUUAAUAGACCUUGAGUCUGUAUGCAACAAGAAUACCGAUUUAGAACCUCAACUAGAAAAUCAGAGGGAAAAAGUUUCACAAUAUUUGAUUCGGAUAAAAAACUUGGAGGAGAAUUUGGCUGAAACUGUUUCAACUAAACAAAAUCUGCUAGAAGAGAAACAAUGUUUCAUUGAAAGGAUAAUGGAAUUGGAAUCUCAAUGCAGCAAAGAAAAGGAUUUGGAAGAAAAGUUAAUAGACGUUGAGUUUGUAUGCAACAAGAAUACCGAUUUAGAAUCUCAACUAGAAAAUCAGAGGGAAAAAGUUUCACAAUAUUUGAUUGAGAUAAAAAACAUGGAGGCGAAUUUGGCUGAAACUGUUUCAACUAAACAAAAUCUGCUAGAAGAGAAACAACAUUUCAUUGAAAGGAUAACGGAAUUGGAAUCUCAAUGCAGCAAAGAAAAGGAUUUGGAAGAACAGUUAAGAGAUGCAAUGUGGGAGAUAAAUGCUUUGCAUAAAAAGAAAAGCGAGUUGAAGUUACAAAAUGAGCAAAGUCAAAAGGAAUAUUCAGAAGCGAUAAAGAAGCUAACAGAAACCAUUGAUCUAACACACGAAGAGAACAAACAUUCCAAAACGAAUAAACAAUUGAUGGAAAGAAAAAUGGAAGAGUUGGCAGAAGGAGUUCGACAGAAAAUGGAAGACAAUAUACGCAUAUUGCAUCGGAGGGUCCACGUGACAGAACUGCUGAAUAACGAAAACAAAGACACUUACAAAUCGACAAAGCAAAAGCACGAGGAAGAGAGCAAAGUGUUUGGUGAAAAAAUUGCUGAAUAUGAAGAUGAGAUUAGGAUGCUGAGAGAAAAGGUGUUGAAAUUAGAAGCUAAUAUGAGCAUGGAAGGAGAAAAAAUGAAUUUGAUGAAAACAGUGACACAACUUGAAAGGAAAACGAUGAAAUUGGAAAAGAAACUGAAAGAGAAAGAUUGUGAAUUGGUUAGCCUUGGGGAGAGUAAGAAGGAAGCAAUAAGACAACUUUGUUUUUUGGCCGAUUUUCAUCGUGAUCGUUGUCUCUAUCUGAAGGAUUCUAUCUUAAAUAUGAGGAUAAAGAACAUGAAGUGA